AUGAUGGCAGCCAAACGUACCAACUUUGUCGAGUUCCAUGACGAAGAACUGAGCUCCCUUGGAACUCAGCAGAGCCUUGGUCUCGUUGCAGUAAGGGCAGUAGGACUUGGAGAAGACAACUACAACACGCCAGACUUACUUGCUUGCUUUCAAGAGCUUCGACUUACCUACGGCAUUCUCACUGAUGAUUUGCUCGGCUUUGGUUUUUGCGGCAGACAUGGCGGCUGGCGAGGUGGCUACAGAGCCAAAAAGUCGGCGGAGUAUGGAAGCUAUGGUGGGCAACUUCGUGAUAGCAGAGAGAAAGAAGAAGAAGAAGAAGAAGAAGACGGCCUGGACGAGGGGUUGCGAGACGAUAGUUAUAUGCAGUGUGAAAGAUGUCAGGAUUCAACCUGGUUAAAGGUUGUUUGA